AAAAGAAUGAAAACGUCCAGCCUCAUUCAAGGGCGCAACGACAGUUGCUAUUGAAAAGGCUGCCAUGGAAGCUGCUGCUAUACCUCACUGGCUUCAGGACCAAUGCCGAAGACUCGAGGCCAAAGAUGAAUACGUUUCCAAUCUAAAUCUGAACAUACGGCGACUCGACGAUUCGAUGAUGGUUGUGCUUUCACAAGCUCUCCGCAAAAACUCGGUUAUUUCAGUGCUUAAUAUGACUAGUUCUCUCAAGAACAGCCCACUCGGUUUAAACAUACUGGCGGAGCUCAUUCUGCGAUCUCACGCUUCGUUGGCUACACUUCAUUUGAGCUACAAUCACUUGACGGACGUGGUUGCAGUAGGUAACGCGCUAGUUACCAAUCAAAAGCUAAUUUCGCUGCAUUUGGACUAUAAUCUCAUUGAUAAGCGCAGUGCCGCCGCUAUGGCCGACGCUUUGCGAGUAAAUACAACCCUAGUAAGGUUGCAUCUCAACUACAAUCUACUGGGCGACGAAGGCGUCUUGGCACUUGCCGACGGUUUGCAGCACAAUACGUCGCUACUGCAUUUGGGUUUGAAGCGAAACAGUAUAUCGGCGGUAGGUGCUUCCGUGCUGUUUCAGACUAUUGUCACAAGAAACAUGAGUCUACAACGUCUUGACUUGGAAGACAACUUUAUCCCUGCGGAAAUGAUCUCUCAAAUUGGAAUCCUUUGUCGUGCGAACAAAGCGGGGCGUCGGUAUCUUACCGACACGAACUUUCCAGACAACCUCUGGCCCGCUUUGCUCGAGUGGGUCAACGACGAUCCAGACGUUCUCUAUUUCUUUGCUCGAGCAAAGCCUGGUUUGUAUGAGAGAUAG